CCUCGGUCGGGGGGAGGAGCCCGAGCCGCCGCCGUCGCCCGCCUGCCUGGCCCCGGAGGAGGACCGGACCCUGAGCGGCUCGGAGCGCCCGCGAGCUGGCCCUGGCCGCGCGGACAGCGCCCUGAGCCCGUCCCGAGCCCGCGGGCCCGGCCGAGGAGGGGAGCGCCCGGGGAUGCCCCGGCGGCCCGGAGCGCCGGCAGCCGCAGCCGCAGCCGCGCGGUGAAGGCGGCGGCGCCCCCGGGACCCGCGACUGCCAGGAACUGUUGCCGCCUCCACCGCCAACCCCCAUGGCCUACAUACCAGGCGGGGGUGCCCCAGCAGGGGGGCCGGCCCCCGUGGGCUCCCAGUACUGCGUGUGCAAGGUGGAGCUGUCCGUGAGUGGCCAGAACCUGCUGGAUCGGGAUGUCACCUCCAAGUCCGAUCCCUUCUGUGUCCUCUUCACAGAGAACAAUGGCAGGUGGAUUGAGUACGACCGGACAGAAACUGCCGUCAACAACCUCAAUCCGGCAUUCUCCAAGAAGUUUGUCCUCGACUACCACUUUGAGGAAGUGCAGAAGCUCAAGUUCGCCCUGUUCGACCAGGACAAGUCCAGCACACAGCUGGACGAGCACGAUUUUCUGGGCCAGUUCUCCUGCAGCCUGGGCGUGAUCGUCUCCAGCAAGAAGAUCACUCGGCCUCUGCUGCUGAUGAAUGACAAGCCCGCAGGGAAGGGUUUGAUUACGGUUGCUGCCCAGGAGCUGUCCGACAACCGGGUCAUCACGCUGAGUCUGGCGGGCAGGAAGUUGGACAAGAAGGACCUCUUCGGGAAGUCAGACCCGUUUCUCGAGUUUUAUAAGCCAGGACAUGAUGGCAAGUGGAUGCUGGUGCACAGGACUGAGGUGAUCAAAUACACGCUGGACCCUGUGUGGAAACCGUUCACUGUGCCAUUGGUGUCCCUGUGUGAUGGGGACAUGGAGAAGCCCAUCCAGGUCAUGUGCUACGACUAUGACAAUGAUGGGGGCCAUGACUUCAUCGGCGAGUUCCAGACCUCGGUGUCACAGAUGUGUGAGGCUCGGGAUGGUGUCCCGGUAAGAUGGCUGGAGUUCGAGUGCAUCAACCCCAAGAAGCAGAGGAAAAAGAAGAACUAUAAAAACUCGGGUGUUAUUAUCCUACGAUCCUGUAAGAUAAACCGGGACUACUCCUUCCUGGACUACAUCCUGGGAGGCUGCCAGCUCCUGUUCACCGUUGGGAUAGACUUCACAGCCUCCAAUGGGAACCCCCUCGACCCCUCCUCUUUGCACUAUAUCAACCCCAUGGGCACCAACGAGUACCUGUCGGCCAUCUGGGCCGUCGGGCAGAUCAUUCAGGACUACGACAGUGAUAAGAUGUUUCCAGCUUUAGGGUUCGGGGCCCAGUUACCCCCAGACUGGAAGGUCUCCCACGAAUUUGCCAUCAACUUCAACCCCACCAACCCCUUCUGCUCAGGCGUGGAUGGCAUCGCCCAGGCUUACUCGGCUUGCUUGCCCCACAUCCGCUUCUACGGGCCCACCAACUUCUCCCCCAUCAUCAACCACGUGGCCCGGUUUGCAGCCCAGGCCACGCAGCAGCCCACAGCCACGCAAUACUUCAUCCUCCUCAUCAUCACGGACGGCGUCAUCAGUGACAUGGAGGAGACGCGGCACGCCGUGGUGCAGGCUUCCAAGCUGCCCAUGUCCAUCAUCAUCGUGGGCGUGGGCAACGCCGACUUCGCUGCCAUGGAGUUCCUGGACGGGGACAGCCGUGUGCUGCGCUCCCACACUGGGGAGGAGGCGGCCCGAGACAUCGUGCAGUUCGUGCCCUUUCGAGAGUUCCGCAAUGCAGCAAAAGAGACCUUGGCCAAGGCUGUGCUGGCGGAGCUGCCCCAACAAGUUGUGCAGUAUUUCAAGCAUAAAAGCCUGCCCCCCUCCCACUCGGAGCCCGCCUGAGUGCCCGCCCCCGCAGCAGCAUGCCGGCGGGCCCCCACCCUCCCCCAGGAACACGUGUGCUCACCCUGCUUCCUUAUGGGUGGCUUUUUUUUUUUUUAAUGAUCCACAUGUUUUUUUUUACAAUCGGACCUCCACCCCCGAGUUCUCCAGCCCAGCUGGGCUUCCUUUGUUGGAGUUGACUCACGAUGCUUCCAGGCCAAACUGGCUUCCUCUCCUCCUGUCCCCGCCACUCUUAAUCAUUGAAUGUACUUUGUAUAAUUUUCGUGGAAUAAUUAUUGUUAUUAAAGAGAAUAAAAUUUUUACAAUCGUAA